AUGCCGUUCCCCGCUGGAGGCAAGAUGCACAUUAUCUCUCAGAUCCUCGAACGCUACCCGAAAGCAGCAACAAUUGCUGCUUCGGUCCUCGUUUUCGUAGGCACACCAGCUGCUUUUCUCCUAUACCAGCACAGCCGACUUGGCCGCAAAGUCCACCACUCCGCUUCAACGGGCACCCUAGCAAAUCUACCGCUCCAGGAUAUCAAGUCAAUACCAGAAUCUGCCCUAGACAAGGAUGCUUCAAGCCAUACUCGCGCACUUUACGACAUAGCUUCUCUCUCUACUGCCAGCAUCAAUAUAUGUCCAUCACUUGCUGAAGAUAUGAUACUCACCCGGUACUUACGACGAAAUAUGACUGCAUUUUCGCGCAUGCCUCAAGCCUAUGCAUUGAGCCUCACCUGUGAUAAGCAUGCCCGCAAAAGCUUCCAGGCAUCCCAUAUCCAGAGGCUUAAUUUCGAACCAGGAGAUAUUGUCUGUGGCGGAUAUAGAGUUGUGCUCCGAGAAGAAAAUAGGGUCGAAUUUGCUAUGGAACUAAACCACAUUAGCGGUCGAUUGGUGACUACCUUUGAUAGAAAGGAAAAUCAAAUCACCUUUACGACACAGACAUUGAUGUGGCAACCUAGCAAUAUCAAAGCGCCAAUGCCCUUGGAAAAUCCGAUUCUAAAAUUUGCACACGAAAUAACAGCUUGGUGGAUGUUGGAAGCCGGCCUCUUGUAUAUCACAGACUAUACCCCUAUGUGA